AUGGCGACUAAGUUUUCGAAAGCGCCAUUUGCACGCGGGUGCUGUUCUCAAAUAACUCGCCGCAUCGAUCCUCGAAGUCGAAUUCCUCAACGAUUUUACUCCGCUGAUCGAGCGCCCGAAGCUGCCGAAACUUCCACACCUAAACAGGAGAAAGAUGAGCCUAAGAAAGAGAAGGGUGCUAUGACGCGCAGGCUUGAGGAAGCCACUGAAGAGGCUCUUCUUACUGGCGGUCGUGCCGGUCGGCGAGCUAUAGAAGACGCCGGCUUCGAUCAAGAGUUGAAGGAGAAGCUGCUCGACAAGGUCCAGACAGCCAAGUUCCGAUCCGAUUUUGCGUCCGCAUUUGCUGAGGCUGAAAUGCCCAAUGCAGCAGGCGAAGGAACGCGGACAAUGGCCACGGCGCAGCCAUGGACGGGCGAGGAGUCGCAAUCAGACAUCGUCCUCCGCAUGCUGAACGAUGCUAAAAAGCCCCUCAAGCCCGAGCUGCGGGGGCAGUAUCAGAUUCCACCGGUCGAUAUGCGGAUACGACGGGAGCCUAAGGUGAAUGCUGGCCAGCGCGCUGCCAACGCCCGCGAUCGGGCCUCUACAUACACUGGUAUGGGAUUAAAAGACCAGAAUGGGCUUAGCGACGACGAGCGAGAGGCCAUGAGGAGGGAGUUACGCGAACGGUUCGAGCCUGCUGCGAGAGCUAUGCCGAAUACAAUGUCCGGGCUUGCAGCGCUAGCGAACGAGAGGAUAGAGAAUGCCAUCGCUCGUGGGCAGUUCAAGAAUAUCCCUCGCGGCAAGGGAGUUGAGCGGGAUACGAGAGCUGACAACCCGUUCAUCGACACGACAGAGUACAUUAUGAACAAGAUGAUCAAGAGGCAGGACAUCGUGCCGCCGUGGAUCGAGAAACAGCAAGAGCUCGCAAAGGUCGCAGGGGCUUUUAGAGCGAGGCUAAGAAACGACUGGAAGAGGCAUGUGGCAAGAAUGAUUGCCUCACGAGGAGGUACUUUGGAGGAGCAGGUGCAGCGAGCAGAAGAAUAUGCCCGAGCUGAGGAGCUUCACAAUCCGCGCAAGAGGAACGUCGAAACUAUUACCGUGCCGACCAAUACGACUGACGACAUAGUCAUGGUGAAAAUACGCCAGCAGGCAGAAGGUGAAGCUGUUCAACCUGAGCUUGGUGGAGCUUCGACAGGGUCUUCAGCAGUGCUGCCGCCCCCUUUCCGUGAUUCAGACUGGCUUGAAGGUGAGCGUUCGUAUAUGACGCUCGCCAUCGAGAAUAUUAAUGCUAUCACGCGAUCCUACAACCUCAUGGCUCCCGAUCUGGCUAAAAAGCCCUAUUUUUCCCUUGAACGCGAGCUCGCGGCUUGUUAUGCUGAUGUCGCACCACAAGUGGCAGAAACUAUCAGGGAGAGGGCGACGAGACCUGUCAAAUCGCCCUUCGAAUCAGUUAACCCGGGACCUGCAGCCAUGUUUGAUCGGCUCAGCGCAGGCGGCAAGGCAACCAAAAUUCGCGACUCAAAGGCACCUCAUUAUGGCUUUAAGGAAAUGUGGAGGGAUCUGUGGAGUUAA